AUGAGUUUUGCUAUAAGCCGAGCUCAUUUCAGUGAAGAGGAGUACGAAGCUGGCUCUUGCCAACUGUUUGUCGAGAACCUAGCUCACGAAGCCUUGGGAUGGUUCGCCCGGCUCCCGCCGAACUCAAUUGGAAGCUAUCACGAGCUGACCACCGCUUUCUUACAACACCACUCCACAUUUAUGAUUCGAGGUGCCUCAAAUGCCGAUCUGUGGAACAUGUUUCAGCAAACCAACGAGUCGCUCCGGGAUUUUAUGGAAAGGUUCAAAAGAAUAGUUUUGAAGCUCUCGAUCGCUGAUGACACAGCGAUAUCGGCUCUCCGCAACGCUCUCGCUCACGGUUCCCGAUUUAGGGAAGACAUUAUAAUCCAUGAGCCCCUGUCUCUGGACGACGCGCUGCACCGCGCCAACAAAUACAUCGAACUGGCUGAAGGAAGCGCAUCGAGAGCGAACCGACCGUCGCAAGAACCGCCGACCUCUAAGUCGGCCAAAGGAAAAGAAAAGGUACAGGACGAGCAUCACGAGCCUCGUCAACACCUCGACAAGGAGUACGCUGACAAGCUGGAGAAAGCAAAGAAAGCCCAAGCAUUCGCUGUUAGCAAUCAGGACCCCCAAGCGUCAUCGUCGAAACCCUGGAAUAACAAAUGGGUCUGUGACCCAUCGGGCAAGGGCGGAAAAAAGUAUUGCGACUACCAUAAAUGA